AUUUUUAAAAUGAGUUAAAUUGAGAUGCAAUAGUUUGAUUAAGAUAGAGUCCCUGAUGAUGAGAGGGAAGAUGAUUUUAAAAAUUUGAUUGCUAUAUUGGCAGGAAAGAUUUAAUUAAAAACAGUGGAACCAGGGAUUUUGGGAAGAUUGGAUCAUUUGGAAAAUUAUUAUGAUCUUUUACCAUUCAAUAUCAGAGGAUUUAGAUUGAUUAAUAGAGCUAGUUUAUUAGAUGGAGAUUUUGCAAAGAGAUAUAUAAUCAAAUAAAUAAUUGAUUUGAAUUUAGAUCUUGAAAGUUUUUUUUAAUAAAUUACAUAGAUGAUUUUAGAAAGCAUUAUUUGAUAGAAACAGCUGUAAAAAUGGCAGAAGGAGCACCAACUUGGUCAUUUUUUGUUAGCUUAAUUUUGCUAACAUUAUUUUUAUUAUAGGUUUGUUUGGAUUCUAUGUUAUAUAACCUAUUAAUAUUGAAACAUGAUACUGUGUAGAAUGAAUAUGACAAUACAACAGGACCAACAGCUAAUGAUGAGUAUGAAACAUCUAAUUUACUUAAGAUAAACUUUACAUAAUUUGAAAGAAGAACUAAUUGCCAUAUGGUUUUUAUAUAUAUUGCUUCCAUUUAGAUUAGGAUUAUGGACUAUAGAUUUAAUCAUACGUUACAUAGGUCUAAGAUAUUUUAGAAAGGAAUACACAACAUUUGCUAUGUUUUUUGAUUUUCUUUUAGGAUUAGUGACGAUAAUCAUUGUUGGUUUUUCAACUAGAUUAGAUUAUAGUUUGAGAUCUGAUACUGCUCAAACUCAAGUAGAAUUAGUAUUUUGAUAAAUUAUUUGCAAGAUCAUUAGAAAUCUUAUUAUCUUUUUGACUUUUUUAGCAGGAAUGAUUUAGUCAAAGAAGGCUAUGGAUUUAACAAAGAGAUUAUGUUUACUAUUUAAUUAGAGGAAGGUUUCUUGUUGUAAUUUUAUUAGUUUUUGAAUU